GAAGAAGAAAUUAUACUAUAGCAUUAAAUUCCUUGUAUAUUAGGUUGUAUUGAGUUGUUUUUCCAGACUUUCCUUAACAAUCAAAUGAAUUAAUUCUAUUAAAUAAAAACCACCUCGCUUGCACUUUCACCUACCGUUAUUACCUCAAUAAACGUCAUCGUUUUCAAACAUAUCAAGAACCUGCAACUCCAUUUACAGUACCAAAUUUUCAGUUUUUCUUGUUCUUUUUGGGAAAAAUUCUUUCUAGAUCUUGUGCAAUUUAUUGAAUUUUUUUUCUUUUUCUGGUCAUUUAAGUUUAAAAAAAAAAAAAGAGAACUGGGUUUUGUUCAAGAUUGAAUUUUUUGCUUUUUCUGGUCAUUGUCAGGCCAAAAAAAAAAAAAAAAAAACUGGGGUUAGUUCAAGAUUGAUUUUUUUUUGCUUUUUGUUAAGCGAAAAAAAACUGGGGUUUGUUCAAGAUUGAAUUUUGGCUUUUCUGGUCAGUGUUAGGCAUAAAAAAAAAACGUGGGUUUUGCCCAAGAUUGAUUUUUUUUGCUUUUUGUUAAGCAAAAAAAUCUAGGUUUUGUUCAAGAUUGAAUUUUUUGCUUUUUUUGGUCAUUGUUAAGCCAAAAAAAAAAAAAAAAAUCUGGGUGUUGUUCAAGAUUGAGUUUUUUCGCUUUUAUUGGUCAUUGUUAGGCGAAAAAAAAUUCUGGGGUUUGUUCAAGAUUGAAUUUUGAGAAAUGGGUAACAAAUUUAUUUGCAUGACAAAGAAGGAUAUAAGAGAAAGUGGGAAAAAUGGGAUAGGUUCAAGGAGUAAGAGGAUGGAGAGAUCAAAGAGGAGGUCAUUAUUGGAAGAAGAGUUACUUCAUAGACAAGCUUUGUCUAUGGCAAUUCAACAACAUCAAUUGUCUCAAAGAUUUGAGGGUUCAAUGUCUAGACGUAUUGGAUCCACUAGUUCUCGUCGUCGCAAUGAUUUGCCUGACCAGUUAGCCAAUUCAAAACAGCCACCAGAGUUUUUGGAGAACAUCAAAACAAAGAAAUUUGUUCUGGUACAUGGAGAAGGAUUUGGAGCUUGGUGUUGGUACAAAACUAUUGCUCUAUUGGAGGAAACAGGAUUGGUCCCCACAGCCUUAGAUCUCACUGGAUCUGGCAUUCAUCUGACAGAUACAAAUAAUGUUACUACUCUAGUCGACUACUCAAAACCAUUAAUUGAUUAUCUGGAGAAGUUGCCAGAGGAUGAAAAGGUAAUUUUAGUCGGUCACAGUGCUGGAGGUGCGUGUGUUUCCUAUGCCUUAGAGCAUUUCCCAACUAAAAUUGCAAAAGCAGUAUUUCUUAGUGCCACGAUGAUAUCUGAUGGCCAGAGGCCUUUUGAUGUGUUUGCUGAAGAGCUUGGGUCCGCAGAGCUUUUUACCCCGGAAUCUAAGUUCUUAAUUUAUGGGAAUGGUAAAGACAAGCCUGCUACUUGCAUCAUGUUCGAGAAGGAGCAAAUGCAGGGGCUAUAUUUCAAUCAGUCUCCUACGAAGGAUGUUGCUUUAGCAAUGGUUUCUAUGAGACCUAUUCCUCUUGGUCCGAUGAUGGACAAGCUAUCACUCACACCUGAAAAGUAUGGAACUAGUCGUAGAUUUUAUAUCCAGACUUUGGAUGACCAUGCUCUUUCACCGGAUGUCCAAGAAAAGCUAGUGAGAGUAAACCCUCCUGAAGGAGUUUUCAAGAUCAAAGGCAGUGACCAUGCUCCAUUCUUCUCGAAGCCACAGUCGCUGCAUAAGAUUUUGGUCGAAAUUGCUCAGAUUCCAUAAUAUUAUAAAGAAUGGCUUCAUUGAUUAUGUUCUUAUGGAGGCUAUAGAAUCCAUGAGGUUGUUGGUUGUACAAAAGAGGAGAAUGACUCAGCUUGUUUUAUACUAUCUAUUUUCAUAUUUUAUUUCACUUCUUACAUGGAAGGCAUUGGUUCAUAGUUGAAAUAUUCUUCUUUGUAGUUACAGCUAAGAUAGCAGUUAGACUUGAAAUAUACCUCAUGUAGUUCCACUUGUGGUAGCACUUUGUUCUCCCUAUUGUUUAUUUCUGAAGAAACAGUGAGGCCCCGGAUACUUGAUAUUUUGUGUUCAUAAAUAACUGAUCUUCUACAUCUUGUGAUGUGCUA